AUGUCCCAAAUCCUAUUUUUGGCAGCCAAAGAAAUCAUUAAGCGUGCCGUAAGUACCGACCCCGACGACGAAGAUGGAUCCCCAGAUUUAACCACUCCUGAUGACCACUUGGACGACUCAGAUCCAGUUGCUGACGAGAUAUUCUCCUCGUGGGCAUUGUUCAUCUUGCUAUUUCUCUUGAGUUCAGCAUUGUGGUCAUCGUAUUUCUUACAACAGCGCCGUAUCAAGGCGGUCCAUGAAACAGUACUAUCGAUCUUUUAUGGAAUGAUAGUAGGAUUAAUGAUCCGUAUAAGUCCCGGACACUACAUUCAGGAUGCUGUCAAGUUUAAAUCUUCGUAUUUUUUCAACAUUUUAUUACCCCCAAUCAUCUUAAAUUCAGGAUAUGAAUUACACCAGGCCAAUUUCUUUCGAAACUUGGGUUCGAUCUUGACGUUUGCUAUACCUGGAACGUUUAUUUCGUCGUUGGUAUUGGGGCUAAUCCUCUUUAUAUGGACGGCUUUAGGGUUGGAUGGUGUUAAAUUGGAAUUUGUUGACGCUUUGGCGGUGGGUGCAACUUUAUCGGCCACUGAUCCAGUCACUAUUUUGUCUAUUUUCAACGCUUAUAAAGUCGACCCUAAGUUGUAUACCAUUAUCUUUGGAGAAUCACUCUUGAAUGAUGCCAUUUCCAUCGUCAUGUUCGAAACCUGUCAAAAGUUUCAUGGCCACCAAUUGAAAUUUUCUAGUUUUUUCGAAGGUAUUGGUUUAUUCUUGAUGACAUUUACCAUCUCCACCAUCAUCGGAAUACUAAUUGGCAUUUUCGUGGCGUUGAUAUUAAAACAUUCUCAUAUUCGAAGGUACCCACAAAUCGAAACCAGUUUGGUGCUUCUCUUCGCAUACGAGGCAUACUUUUUCUCCAAUGGUGCCCACAUGUCUGGAAUCGUCUCAUUAUUGUUUUGCGGCAUAACUUUGAAGCACUAUGCCUACUACAAUAUGUCUAGACGAACACAAAUUGCAACGAAAUACAUCUUUCAGUUAUUGGCUCAACUUUCGGAAAAUUUCAUCUUCAUUUACCUUGGAUUGUCCUUAUUCACCGAAGUUGAAUUGGUUUUCAAACCAUUGUUGAUUAUCGUCACCUUUAUCCUGAUCUGUGUUGCCAGAUGGCUGGCAGUGUUCCCAUUAUCACGGUUCUUGAACUUUAUGUAUAGGGCAAGGUUCAAGGAAUUCACCUCGCGUUCUCUCAGCGCCCCGCUGUUGACCAACCAGUCAAUUCCUGAUGAAAUAAGCCAUUCUUACCAAAUGAUGAUCUUUUGGGCUGGCUUGCGAGGUGCGGUGGGUGUUGCCUUGGCUAUGGGUAUUCAAGGUGAGGCAAAAUGGGCUCUUUUAGCUACUGUGCUAGUAGUUGUUGUGCUUACAGUGAUUCUCUUUGGAGGCACUACUGCUUCCAUGCUUGAGAUUUUAGGCAUCAAGGUUGGUUGUGUCGAUGAACAUGAUUCUGACGACGAAUUCGAUAUCGAAGCACCAAGGUUACCCAUAAGCACCCCUCCUACAAACCAUGCAUCAGGUGCGUUUGGUAAUCGAAGGUUUGGAAACUUUUCAAAUUUCAAUGGAUACGUCGACGAGGCUAGAGAUACCAAUUCUGGUGUCAAUAUGGGUUCAUUCAAACCUCAAUAUCCUCCACAGUCAACCAAUAGCUCUUCAGCUGAUCUCUUACAAGACGACGAGGCCCUAAAUCCUGAUGACAACAUUAUUCCUGAUCCUGCUCCCAUGGUCUCUGAAGCCGCUGCAAAUAACGGUGGAGUCUUGGGUGCAUUCUUGAGUGCUGAAGAGCAUGCCAGAUGGUUUACCCGAUUAGACGAAGAAAUCUUGAAGCCUGUAUUGUUAGACAAUGGAUUACAGAAGGAUAAAGAUAAUGGGCGUUCGUGA